GUAUAUUUUUUAAUAUGUUGACAUCUGGCAGAUACUUGUACGUUUCGAGGAUAUCAUCAAAAAGAUAAAAGUCAACAGCUUUUAAAAACCAACAAAUCUGCCAGGUAGAACGAAAACAGAUAAGGAAACUAUAGAACACUUCAACGGUAUCGAAACAUCCAGUUAGAUUUUCUAUUCAGUAGUCGAAAGGCAAAUAAUGGAAUCAAUUGUGGUAUCGACCCCUUUGAGAUGUUGUGUCAUUAUAAAAAGACCCGAUGACAAUUAGAACAACAAUACAAGAAUCACGUGACUAUUGGCAGACACUCUUAUAAACAAUUACGGGCGUCAAUAUCAUUCGCUAUUGGGAAUCAUAUUUAUUACGAACAUAUUAGGUUAACUUGGAAAGACAUACAUUAUUGAAAAGAAUAUCUCAAAUCACUACUAUCCCGCCUGUUGUUAACACGAGAUCAUACUUCGGAAAUAUUUUGAUUUCUAAUGUCGUCUGCUGAAUCAAAACUUGACACAUUUUCCGAGGAUAAAUAUUGACAAUUAGACAUUAGCGGUGAUUAAAGAAUCUUAUUACUCGUAAUUCUCCAAUGAAUAUUAAAGAAGCAAAAACUACUUAUUGAACCAACGACAUAAGGAAACAGUAAUUUGUUUGUGCAUUUAUCCAUCUAAAUUGAACUCCGUAUCUCAACAAACUGAUAGGAACACACUGAUAAAAUUGUGUUGUCUCAGACGUUUGCCAAUUGGAUUAUUGUAUUUUUUUCUUUAUUCUCAAUAAGGAUUGCUAAAUCUUAAUUUGAUUUUGAUGGCAGAUAACAAGGAUGUAAAAGUUAAAGUCAUCGAUAUAAAAAAAGUAUAAUGAUGGUAUUUGAAAACAAUUUAAUCAACCAAUAGCAGCGCGCGCAUAAGUCUAGAUAUUCAGACAUUACUUGGAUUGGACAUACUAUAUAUAGAGAAUUACUUUUCUUUCAGUCUGUGAUAUACUCUUGACGACAAUUUACAUGAUUUAUUACAAAGGAAAAAUUAAAACAUUUAAUUUCACUGUUUUAUUAAAAAUAUCUGAUAAUUCCAAAUGCCACAGGGACAGGUGGACAUGGACGUGGUUGUGGCCAAAAUAUUGUCACUUAUCAUUCUGACAGUAUGUACCGUACUUUUCGGACUUUUCCCGUGUAGACUAAUGCAGUAUUUUGCAAAAAUAAUCAUAUCAAAAAAGAAAAUGUUCGACUAUAUGAUAUCAACAAUGAAAUGUUUUUCUGGUGGAAUAUUCCUUGGAACCUGUUUCCUCCAUCUUAUUCCAGAAACAAGAAUCAAAGUAGGAGAAGUUAUGAUGCAGAUUCGUUCGGAUUCAUCAUAUCCGGUAGCAGAACUUUUAACAAUGGCGGGAUUUUUUGGUGUGAUAUUUACAGAACACGCAAUUAGAGCUUUAUACAAAAAGGUCCGAAGACUCACGAAUAGGCAAAAUGAUUGGAAUAGUAAUGAAAUUUUACCAACAUUUGGUUGUGGUUCGAACUAUAGAGAAAGUCAAAGUGAGUUUGACUGUCAUAGUGUAAACACAGGUGUCCAGGAUGAAACUUUAAAACUUGAACAUGCCAGCGAUGUACAUGAAGACAAUCAGGAUAUAAUACAUGAUACAUUGACAAUGGAAAUAGAGCCUGCACCUCUUCAGGACAUGGAGGUGAAAAGAGUUGUGUCCGAGUUCAGUCGCGAAGGAGGGGAUACAAGUAAAGGACAAAUAAGGUCUGUUCUCUUUAUUACAGCUUUAUCGUUUCAUGGUGUGUUCGAAGGAAUGGCAUUGGGUCUCCAAAGUUUAGAAAGUAACGUUUGGGUAUUGUGUUUUGCUAUAACAAUUCAUCGUGGAAUUUUGGCGUUUGGCAUGGGACUUCAACACAUGCAGAAUGAAGAGAGACAUAGUACUAUCGUAUUUAGUAUCUCAUCCUUCGCUGUCAUAGCAGCUCUAGGAAUUAUUAUAGGUAUUGCCAUUUCAACUGGAGCUCAACUUUACACUGACGUUAAUGUUCCGAAUGCUAUUUUGCAAAGUCUUGCAACGGGUACGUUAUUUUAUAUUAUAUUUUUUGAUAUACUUUAUAAAGAAAUGACUGGAAACAAAGAUGUUAAAAAGAUUUCUUGUACAUUUGUAGGCUUCUCUGUGAUGGCUAUUGUGUUCGCAGUUACCAGACAAUAAAAAAUAAUGAAUA